CGCUGGGUGAUCUCCCCGCGCGUGCUGGGCCCUAAAUCCCGCGAAAGAAAGCCGGACUACAUUUCCCGGCAGGCGCCCGGCGGCCUUCUUCCCUUUCAAGUCUUUGCACGUGGCCUGUGGGGAAGGAGGGGCCGGGACGUCACCCUCCUGCAUUCUCUUUCCCUGUGUCAGAGCAGGGAUCCUUUUUUUUUUCCUCCUUCUUCCUUUGCCCCCUCCCCCUUCCUACCCCUCCCUCCCUCUGUCCCUUCCCUCCCUCCCUCCCCUCUUCUCCUCCUCUACACUGCACCCAAAUCCCUACUCUCCACCCUAUGGGGCCGGGACCCAUGAAAUUAAAGGCAGGAAUCUGAUCGCCGGAGCCUCUUUCCCUCCCUCCCUCCCUUCCCCUUCCCUCCCCCUUCCCUUCCAACUCGGACUUGGAGCUGCAGUCAGGGAAACCGAGAUCCUUCGUGGGAUCUACACUGAAUUCUUCCCUGUUUGGACGGUUUAUUAUAUACCAGCUCUGGAGUUCUGUUGGGGAAGAUCCCAUUUCAAGAGAUAGGCUGCUGUGGCACCCUCGAUUCUCCUGGAAGCACUGAGAGUGCUCUCCCUCAGGUUUCCUCUCGCUGGGCAUCUGAGCAGUGGUGAUGGAGAACUCCUCAGCAGCUUCAGCUUCCUCAGAAGCGGGGAGCAGCCGUUCUCAGGAGAUCGAGGAGCUGGAACGCUUCAUUGACAGCUACGUGCUUGAGUACCAGGUGCAGGGGCUCCUAACAGACAAGACAGAAGGUGAUGGGGAGAGUGAGAAGACUCAGACCAACAUAUCUCAGUGGCCAGUGGACUGCAAUGACCAAUUGGAUGGCAGUUGUUCUUCCUCUCAAGGGAGAGGCCCCUCUCAGCAGAAUGGCAACAAAGACAACUCUAUGGACAUGUUGGGUACCGAUAUCUGGGCUGCCAAUACUUUUGAUUCUUUCCGGUGUGGAAAAGGGAAGCUGGAAGAUGGGGAAGGAAUCAACUUGAAUGACAUAGAGAAAGUUCUCCCUGCCUGGCAGGGUUAUCAUCCAAUGCCCCAUGAAGCAGAGAUUGCACAUACUAAGAAAUUAUUCCGACGGAGAAGGAACGACCGGAGGAGACAGCAAAGGCCACCAGGUGGGAAUAAAUCCCAGCAGCACAGUGAUCACCAGCCAGGCAGUGCCAAACACAACAGGGACCACCAGAAAUCCUACCAGGGGGGCCAGGCACCCCACCCCUCAGGGAGGCCCAACCACCAUGGCUAUAGCCAGAACCGACGGUGGCACCACAACAACCCGAAACACCCACCCGGCGACAAGGAGGCUGCUACCCAUCGCAACAACGCCAAAGAGACAGAGAGCCUGAAGAUCGAGGAUGCUCCCGUGUGCACCGUGCACAUCCCCCUGGACAUGCACCGGAACCCCGAUGCCUCACCAACAGAGAGGCCGCCACCCCAGCAGCCUGGAGGCCUGGAGGUGGAGGCCAAACGCAAAGACAGUGUUCUUAAUGAUCGGAUUGGGGAACGACCCAAAAUUAAACUGCUCCAGUCUUCCAAAGACAGGCUGAGGCGAAGACUAAAGGAAAAGGUACCGGAAGAAAUACCAGUGGUGCCGCCCAACCCCCAGAGGAACAAAAUGGACAAGCUGAUAGAGAUCCUGAACAGCAUGAGGAAUAAUAGCAGUGAUGUGGACGCCCAGCUGACCACCUUCAUGGAAGAGGCCCAGAAUUCCACGAACUCAGAAGAGAUGCUGGGAGAAAUUGUCCGAACCAUCUACCAAAAGGCCGUGACAGACCGGAGUUUUGCCUUCACAGCUGCAAAACUCUGUGACAAAAUGGCCCUCUUCAUGGUGGAAGGGACCAAGUUCCGGAGCCUUCUUCUCAACGUGCUACAGAAGGAUUUCACCAUGCGAGAGGAACUGCAGCACAAAGAUGUGGAACGCUGGCUAGGGUUCAUCACCUUCCUCUGCGAGGUGUUUGGCACCAUGCGCAGCAGCACCGGGGAACCAUUCCGUGUCCUUGUCUGCCCCAUUUACACCUGCCUCAGGGAGUUGUUACAAUCUCAGGAUGUGAAGGAAGAUGCAGUCCUUUGCUGUUCCAUGGAGCUGCAGAGCACAGGUCGGCUGCUGGAGGAGCAGCUGCCCGAAAUGAUGACGGAGCUCUUGGCCAGCGCCCGAGACAAGAUGCUGUGCCCCUCCGAGUCCAUGCUGACGAGGUCGCUGCUUCUCGAGGUCAUCGAGCUGCACGCCAACAACUGGAACCCCCUGACCCCGACCAUCACCCAGUACUACAACAAAACCAUCCAGAAACUGACGGCCUGAGGAGGCAGGGUGGGGAGGGCCGGGAGGGCCCACAGGCCAGGGGGCCCGCAGGGCAGGGAGCAGGACCCGGAGGAAAGGGAAGGGGACGGCCGGCGGCCGCGGAGUAGGAGCAAGACCCAGCACCUUAAAUGGAAGCAGGAAAGCGGGCAAAUAGGCCCCGAGGCAAAUCCCGAGAGGGAAGGGAGCCAGCCCUCGGUGCAAUACCUAGGAAGAGCCACCCCACCCCUGCUCCCUGCAUGCGGCAAUACACAUCCAUGAAGGAUGCAUGUCUCUCUUUAGCAGGGGCCCCCUGCCAUCUCCCUACCUAUUUCCUAAUGCCCGGCCCCAGCUGCCCGGCCUCUGCCCCUGCAGGGCUCCCGUCGCUGGGGGCUCCUCCUCGUGACGCCAUCAGAGCCGUGACAGACGCUCCCUCACCCCGGGACACCGUGUGGGUCAGAAGAGACCGCAGAGGGCCGAAAACAGGCGUCCGAGUCUGGUCUGGCAUUGUUUCCCGCCCCACCCCGCCCCCACUCUCCAUUAUGUCAGUUUGCAGUAGCCAACUGGCGGAGGCAACACAUGGCAGAUGUCUUGGGAGGACAAAGAAACACAAGGUCCGCACCAGACGCUCGCCCGCCCGCCCGCUCGUAAUUGACGACUUUUGUCCAGCGGGGCUGAGUUGGGGUAGGCGCUGGGGCCCAGCCACUCGCCCUCCUCGGACUCACUCCUGAACCACGGGAGGGGGGCGGGGGGCAGUUGUAUUGGCACUCUUGGGAGGCUGGUUGGGUUUUUAUAAAAAGACACUGACUUUGAAGCCUCUUUUCUCUGGGAAGAGAGCCUCUGGGAGGAGGGCAGUUCCGGGCUUGUCGCUCGCUCGCUCCAGGAGUCAUUUAAGAUCAUCAGACACUUCUGGGCCAGGAGGGGCUUCCUCCAAGAAACCUGGGCUAUAGGGCGUCCUUGGGGCUUUGACCUGCGACUGUGUCCUUCCGCUUAGCCCCAGAUAGCCUUGGCAAACAAGCUCCAAGAAAGCCGUCCUGUCCUCCCCUAUACACCGCAGUCUGUUCUAAGUGCCUCUGGCUGCAGGAACAACGACGUUGUCCAGGGUGCUAAUUCGACUAGCUCCGGGCUUAACUGAUUGGGCCUACCUACGUCAUGGUACCCCAUGUCUAAUCAGAAGUGUCUGGGGGGCCCAGACCAGGCGGGUAGAAGCCAAGCAUCCCCUGGAGCACAGUGUUAUUAGGGGAAAGAUGGAGAGAAUCCAGAGCCAACGUCCCACCAGUGUUAGUCCUUAGGGUGAGGCAGAGGCAAUUGUCUAGGGGUCAGAGGCCCUGUCCACCAUCAUGCCCCGAUCUGGCUGCAUGGAGCUGGAUACAGGGUGUGCUGUUUUAAGCGAGAGUAAGAGAUCCCACUGAUGAACUUGAGCGUGUUUCCUGGAAGUCAGGGCAAGCCUAGCUCAGCAUUUCCAAUGGGCUUCUGAACAACCCACUUUCUGGGGAUGCAGACCUGAACAGGGACCAGGAAAUGAUGUUGGAUUUCAGCAGCUUCCUUCUUUGCUCCUUUUGAGGUUUACCACUCACUAACUCAUCCCCUGGGCUCCCCAAACCAGAAGCCUGGUACACCUGAGGGAUGAGGUUUUCCCUUUUUUGUUCAGAGCUCACGGGAGUGAGAGAUGAGAAAAGGAAAGGCAGUCUCCGUCCCAGCCUCCCUGUGGCCAAACUUCAGUUACCUUGGAGGCAAGGGAAUUUAUAUCCACCGAUAGCUAGGGCACACAUGCCCCCCGGGUCUACUCCCUGCCAGAUGACUUCAUACACCCAUUCCUUGAAAAUAAGCCUACCCACCCACCCACCCCCCUAUGAAAAGGAGAGAAGAGAGCCCCACCCUGCGGUUCUCAGACUAUGCCACCAGAGCUAAUGAGGCAACUGUCUUUCCUACUAUAUGUACCCUUGUUCCUUUUUUCUCCAUCAGUCCUCUUUCUCUCUUUGUUUUCCGCAUCACCCUCCCAUUCUUUUUGCUUGUGCCCUCUUUCCCUCCUGUCCCCCAACUCCUCACCUUGCCACUGCUCAGUCCUAAUGAGGGCCUGUGGGUCAAAAGAUUGCUAGCCCUUGGCUUGAGUUGUUCAUUGGCGCUUGUAGAAGGCCAGGAGAAAGCCAGUCUCUAAUGGAUUCGGCCAAUCUGGUCAGGAGAGGACGGUAAAGGGUAGAAACCAUUGAUCCACUCAAUGAGCAAUCAGAGAACUUCUAAAGUGGCGAAUAGAGUGGUUCUAAUCUCAAGGCUCUGCUAAAAAUCAGGGGAAAGAGUUAGGUGUGAACCUUGUAGGAGCUAUAGAGAGACUGAGAGCAAGAGUGGGUGUAGAGAAACUGAGGGAAUAAGGGGAUGGACACUAUAAAACCAGGACAAGAAGUUCUGAUUCCGAUGGAGGGCUUUCUCAAAAGAUCUUUUUAUGUGACAAGGUCCCCUGCAGGAGCUGUGGAGGCAUGUCCCCUUGGGCGAGGCAAUGGGCUCUUGGAAGGGCCCCCAGUAGGGCCAUGAAGCUUACUUCCUCCAGUUAUCUAACCCUGUGAGUCAGGCUCCUUAACUCUCAAGGCAAUAGCGUGGAAGAAGUAAAAUAGUAUACAUAUAUAUGCACAUAUAUAUAUAUUUUUAAUUACAUAUUGUGUCACAGUGGCUUCUGGCAUACGGUUUACACAGGUCAAUCUGUUGCUUUAAAGCGCUUUCUGGCCAAUCUGAAUAACUAUUUAAGCCGUUUUCUAUAUCUAGUUGCUGCUACUUUUACAGACUUGUGAAAAGUGCUUCAGAGAUUUAAAAUAAUAAUAAUAAUAAUAAGCCUAAAACCUUGGAAGCCAUUUUAAGGGAGAAUCGUCUGAUGAGAACAUGAGCAGGAGCUAGAGGGCAGGCCUAAGCAAUACUGAGAGAGCCCUGAUCUCCCCAGCCUGGGGCCAUUUCUGGCCUUCACCCGGUGAACUGUGGUUUGCCUCCUUUGUCCUCUGAAUGUAUCAAGGGAAGCCCUAGACAAGAAAACUGGAUCUUGUAUUUCUAAGUUUUCAAAUCCAUACCCAACUGACCACAACUUACUUUCUGAGGACAUUUUGAAAGCCAGCCCCCACCAACCAGUGGUCAUUCUGCUUAAGCACUUUCCCCAGUGGACCAGCCCACCAAAGGGCCAGCUUGUGUCAUGGCUGUGUAGCCCGGGGCAUCAGGCUGAAUGGUUUCGGUCCAUUUCUUGGUACUACAGCCCACACCCGAGACACUGGAAACCCACCUUCCUCUGGAUGACUCUCCAGUUAAUUCAGUCUGCCUGUUUGUCUUGCUGUCAGCUGCUUUGUAAGCUUCAGGUUUUCAGAUAAUCCUGUCUAUCCAUGUCAAUGUAAUUGUUGGCUGAGGCGGUAUUUAUUUCUUAUUUUUAUUUUAUUUUAUGUUUUUCUGAGGGAUGGGAGGGGCUAAAAAUAUGCCACUCACUCGCCAUGCCUUGGAAAACCUAUAGGAGGCAGAACCCCAAUACCAAGGCUAUCCACCAGGGCCUAGAUGGGGGGGGGUCUCCCCAAGGCUUGGCCAGAAACUUACCUGGCAGCAGGAACUGGUCAGCUCUUCUGUUAUGAACUGUCUCCCCUGGAAGCCAUGGAGAGGGGUGGGAGGAGGGACAGUGGAAAGUGAAAAGCAUCCACCUGCCCUAGGCUACCCUGUGUGGGGAAAACUGAGAGUGGAAGUGCCCAGAGGACAAAUAUGCGGGAUCCUCCUCUGCCUUCAGCAUUUGCACAGGAAGAUUGCCCAUGAUCCCCUCAGGACCCGAGGGUUCAGAGGACCCCUGUCAAAGCUUCUUUGUGAAUGGUAGCCCCCAAUGGAUGAUCCCUUCCUUGACACAUGCCAUUUCCCAUUUGGCCCCCAGGUACCAGAGUUUAAUUAAUAGCAGGAAGAAAUCUGACCCCUGCCCUUAGCCCUCUGCGUGUGUGCCGAAGGAGGGACCUCUCCCCACACAUUCAAGCACGUCUUUUGGUGGGUGGGGACCUCGGGGGAAAGAGCUGAAGGCUAGAGGGUGGUGCAGAUGGACCGUAGCUGGUUUCCAGGUAGGUUGGGGGACCAGAGACAAAUGCCAGGCCAGAGAAGAGGGGACAGGGAUGAGAUAGAGCACGUGGCUAACAGCCAGAGACUUGGGUGGCAGGCUGACAAGCUGUCAGCAGAAAACCUACCCAGCACAGAAUUCGAUUGGUUCAGUGAAUGGGGAAGGGUUUCCUCCGAGUGACUUGGCCUGUGUUUCCCCAGCAAUGCUCCUAUGCCUCACCUAGAAGAGACUCCCGUGAGGAAGGCUCUGAUUCAAAAGGAAGGGGACGAAGUGAACGGAGGUGCUUGGGAGGGCAAGCGGUCCUCCGGCUCCAGGCAAACACGUCUGUCUGUAAGGACUGCUCGUCCCCAAAAGGCCUGGUCAUUUAUUUUCUUACAAUGACAUAUCCUUUAUUUUUGCAGCACCCCUCCCCCAGCGGGGCUCUGGAGAAACCUCUCCCCCUAGGCUGGGACUUCCCUGCUUGGCCCAUAAUUUCCUAGGGCUGGUCACAGGCUGCAUCCCCGCCUCUCCAAAGAUGCCCCUGGGGAAAGGAGACAAGGACACUGUAAAGGGGGGGGAUGGGAAAGAGAGGGGAGGGUCCAACUUCCCCUAACUCAACCACAGAAUCGUGCACAUAAGAGAAGCUAGGGAAGGAUAUAAUAUCUAUAUAUUUAUUGUGUUGGAGAAGGUAGCAUUUUAAUUUAAUCAUCCAUCACAGCUGUUAAACUAAAAACUUUUUCUUUCUUGAAGAAAAUGCAAGAGUGGGGCUGGAAGGAGGGGGAAGCAGUGGUCGGUGGGCCUGGAGAAGGGCGAAUCUUCCUGUGGACUGCUGAGAGAGGCUAAACGAGAGACAAGACAGUUCUGAAAUGCUGUAUGCUAUGAAAUACGUUGUCUGAGUAAUAAAUGUUUCAACCCUGACAUUUCAUCA